GUCUGUCAGUGUGUCCAACAAACUCCAGUCGCACUUUUGCUUUGAGCGCGAGGCUGACAGACGCGUCGAUUGUCCAUUUAACUGUUGAUUUAUUAUGUCGAGCACGACUACGACAACUUAAAAAGAAAAAGAAAAAGGAAAAAUAUCGCAUUUUGAGUAUAUCAACACAGGAUUAAGGGACUUCACUUUGGAUUUUUACACGGAAUAUCUGAUAAAACACUUAAAGAGGAUGUUUCGAGUUUGGGAUAUCUCCCUAAUGAUGUGCUUCUCUGUCUCUCUCAUGUUCGUCGGAGUUGAAGGCAUGUCAGAGCUCCCUCCACCAAGGAACCUAACUUUCACAUGGGAAACACCUUUCACACUUAAUUUGAAAUGGGAAAAGCCAAAGAAUCUUGACCCUGGUUGCAAGGUGAACUAUACGGUAGAGGUGCGCCAUUCUCAGGACUGUCCUGUAAAAGCCGAACAAGACAAUCAAAGAGACAGCCAAACCAGGAGAGUCCAAAACACAACCUGCAAAUUUAAUAUCUCCAAUGAGAAUGGACUGUGCAUCAGUGUUACAGUGAACCCUGAAAUCUGUGGAAUCAAAGACCCUAGUCCAUCUUUGAACAUUAGCAUCCCUCCACCUACAGUGACGCUGGUGAAAGACAGGAGCUAUGAGUAUUUCAAUAACACGUUGAAGUGCACGUGGAGUCCUGUUGAAGUCGUCCAAGACCUUGGUUUUUAUUACUGGUCACCUCACAAAAAUACGGUAAUAAAGUGCAAUGAUAUGAAGAUUGGUCAAUGUGUCAUACACGAUACAUUUCCCAAGUACACAACAAACAUGUUCUACCUGUUCAAUGGCACUUAUAAGGGUAAACCUGUAAACAACACUUUCAUGGAUAAACCGCCAACACAAUACGUGAAAAUAAACAAACCUCAACUUACGAUCCAGAGAGAUCAGCAGAAUCUCCUUUUUCAAACAAACUCAUAUUUAGAGUUUGGACCUCAGUGUUACAGAUACAACUACACAUACAGCAUGUGCGAUAAGAUUGCACCAGGAAAGGUCAUAGAAAAUAAGGAGUAUCAAGUGGACUAUGACUCAAACUGCAAGUACAAAGCCAGAGUACAGAUCAUCUUCUAUGACAACUGUGGUGAAGGGCAGAGUGACCUGAGUGACGAGGUGGAAUACGGUGAGAACAGAGAUCCGAAUUUGCCUGCAUUGCUGGCUGUCAUUAUUAUCCCAUUCAUAGUUUCCUGUUGCCUGAUAGUGUCUCUUGUGCUGCUCAGAAGACAUAAAGACAUCAUAUUUCCAAAAAUCCCAGAGCCAACGCUUAUCUUUAAGGACAUGUUCAUUAACAACAUCAGAAUACCAGAGGAUCUACGGCAUCAGAGUCCUACAGAUGGCAGACUAUAUGUCCCUAUUGAAGAAAUCGUAGAAAGCAAGAUAAGUCUUGAACUUGAGACACCACUUAUACCAACCACAACAAAUGUGGCAGGUAUAUAAAACAAGCAGGUAUAAAAACUUCUUAUGACUGAAAAUCUCCAGGACAUUGGGAAGGUCUCAGGGUGAACUUAAAACUUACACUGAUGGGAAAAUGUCUAUGUAAGGAGGAGGAUUAAACUCCUGUUGUCUGUUUCAUCUGUUGAUGAAUAAUGAACUCAGGCUCCACCUAUAUUUUUUGAAUGGACUUCGACCUGACUUAUUACAGUUGCCAGUAAAUUGCUCUUCUUGGCACGACAGUGGCUUGUUUUCAUUGAAUGUAUUGUGAAGAUAAGAGAAGCAAUCAGCAGACUUUCCUGGGGCAGGUUGGUUGACUCUGAUUAUGUGGUAUGUGAAGCUCGCUCCGUACCCACUCGGUGUAUCCAGAGGCUGGCGGACGUCAUAAGCUGCUUCAUGCAGCUUGAUAGAGGAACACUGCAAAAAGGUUCAUGGAAUGUGGAAAUUGUGACCUUUGAGUUUGAUCUCUUGCACAGCAUUAACUUUUCUAUGCUUGUUUAUACAGCCGCGUUUAUGGACUUGUGGGUGUUCUUGCACAUAGAUUACAAACUAAAUGUACUGCUAAAAAUUAUUUUGUAAAAAAAAAGACGAAAAAACUUUAAAGAAAUUAGGUUUUCUAUACACUGUGAAUUGUUACAUGUAUUAAAGUGUGGUUUACUAAAAAGAAAAAUGUUCUUGACUCUAAAUAUGUGUAUCGUUGGUCACAAACUCAAUUCCUGGAGGGCCACAGCUCUGCACAGUUUUGCUCCAACCCUAAUCAAACACACCUGAUCCAGCUAAUCAAGGUCUUCGGGAUUCCAAACAGGUGUGAGUUGGAGCUGGUUGGAGCUAAACUCUGCAGAGCUGUGGCCCUCCAGGAACUGAGUUGGAGACCACUGGUGUAUAAUGUGUUCACAUUUUUAACUAACAAAUGGAUAUAGACAAAAUAAUGGAUAUAGAAUGUCACAUGACAAAUAUUCGGACAUUCAAAAAAAUACAAUUAUGUAUAUUUGUAUAAAUUGUACAUACAAUGAAAUAUAUACCUUAAAAGUUACAAUUGUAUUUAUUUUCAUACUUUCUGUUUUAUGUCACAUUUAAGUAAACAUUGUAUUUUCCUGUAAUUAAAUUGUUUGCAUGGGC